AUGUUCGCCUCCGCCGUUCGCCGCAACGCUCUCAAGGGCCUCAUCCCCCCCAAGAUCGCCACCCCUUCGGCUGUCUCGUCGGGCGGCACCUCUGCUCGCACUGAGGAGGUCGUCAAGUUCUACUCCAAGCUCCCCAAGGGCCCCGGAAAGCCCUCUGGUGGUAUCCGCGGCCGCUACUUCGAGGGCCCCAACGCCUCUGGCAAGCCCAUCCUCGCUACCAUCCUCGGUCUUUUCCUCAUUGGUUACACGAUCGACUACCAGAUGCACCUCAAGCACCACAAGCACCACGCCCACUAG